UCACGCGGACUGUCUCUGGGAGUGCUGAGUCGAAUAUCCUCUCUGUCGUCCGUGCCGAUAGAAGCCGGUGGUUUCAUUUCACCUGAGUCGGAGACAAAACAUUACACUUCGAGUUGGGACGCUCUCGAUUACUCCCGAUUACCUUAACGUCGGGUUCUGGGCGGACACCUACGUGGACCAAGAACUGCGUAGCUCAAAUCUCACAGAAGUGAAAAUCCAAGACCCACGAUGGACCCGAGAGACACUGCCCCUGAUUCCUGGGAACAAGAGGACGAUGUGGAGGCCACAAUCGACGGGCAACUUGAACCAGCAUUCACAACCCUAAAUGUGAACGCUAAACCGUUUGUGCCCAAUGUAAACGCCGCUGAAUUUGUUCCGACUUUUGCCAUGAAAGCACACUCGGAAAAUCUCGAUUCCGCUGUUGCUGUUGAAAAAAUAUCCACCAUGGAGGUGUCAGAAAGCACCGCUCCCGUGGAGAACGGCGACACAGAGAUGACCACAGAGGAGCCGUGGGACCAGAAAGAGGCUGAGCCAAACGAGGAGGAGCCAGGAGGCGGGGACCGGGGCCCAGCCGUGGCGGCGACGACGACGACGACGACGGAGGAGACGGCUCCAGAGGUGAUGGAGGAGGAGGAGGAAAUGACAGUGCCCAAGGUUCCACUUACACAGCCAGACGCCCCCAAGAAGGAACAUAUCAAUGUUGUAUUCAUCGGACACGUAGAUGCUGGCAAGUCCACCAUUGGCGGACAAAUCAUGUAUCUAACAGGCAUGGUAGACAAGAGAACCUUAGAAAAGUAUGAGAGAGAAGCCAAGGAAAAGAACCGAGAAACCUGGUAUCUGUCUUGGGCUUUGGACACCAACCAAGAGGAGAGGGACAAAGGCAAGACGGUGGAGGUGGGCCGAGCAUACUUUGAGACAGAUAAAAAGCACUUUACCAUCCUAGACGCUCCAGGCCACAAAAGCUUCGUGCCCAACAUGAUCGGAGGUGCAUCACAAGCAGACUUGGCUGUUCUGGUGAUCUCUGCCAGGAAAGGCGAGUUUGAAACGGGCUUUGAGAAGGGUGGGCAGACGCGGGAGCACGCCAUGUUGGCCAAAACGGCCGGCGUGAAGCAUCUGAUCGUUCUGGUGAAUAAAAUGGACGAUCCUACGGUCAACUGGAGCCUCGAGAGGUAUGAAGAGUGCAAGGAGAAACUGGUGCCAUUUUUGAAGAAGGUGGGCUUCAACCCGAAGAAAGACAUUCACUUCAUGCCGUGCUCCGGGCUGACGGGGGCCAACCUGAAGGAGCCCACCGAGAUGUGCUCCUGGUAUACAGGUUUACCAUUCAUUCCACAUUUGGACAGUUUGCCAAAUUUCAACAGAUCAAGUGAUGGCCCUGUCAGGUUGCCCAUUGUAGACAAAUACAAGGACAUGGGCACGGUGAUUCUGGGCAAACUGGAGUCGGGCUCCAUCAGUAAAGCACAGCAGCUGGUCAUGAUGCCAAACAGGCACGUGGUGGAGGUGUUGAGUCUGCUGUCAGACGACGUGGAGACGGACGACGCCGGGCCGGGCGAGAACCUCAAGCUGCGGCUGAAGGGCAUCGAGGAGGAGGAGAUCCUGCCGGGCUUCAUCCUGUGUAAUGCAGAGAACCUGUGCCACUCAGGGCGCACCUUCGACGCCCAGAUCGUCAUCAUCGAACACAAAUCCAUCAUCUGUCCAGGUUACAACGCAGUCCUUCACAUUCACACCUGCAUCGAAGAAGUUCAAAUCACGGCCUUAAUUUGUCUGGUAGACAAGAAGACAGGAGAGAAGAGUAAGACACGACCACGAUUUGUCAAACAGGACCAGGUCUGCAUCGCCCGUCUGCGCACAGCAGGAACCAUUUGCCUCGAGACCUUUAAAGAGUUUCCUCAGAUGGGACGGUUUACCUUACGGGACGAAGGUAAGACCAUCGCCAUCGGUAAGGUGCUGAAGCUGGUCGCCGAGCGGGACUGAAGCAGGGGGGACGGAGCCGUCUCGAGAGUCCUGGUGAGAAGGAACGGGCAGAGCUCGGUCACAACCCGGCCCCCCCCCCACACUGUUGUCAGCGGCGACGGAACUUCCCUGUCACGCCCCCCCUUCUGCGUGCCGAAGAUCAGCUUCAGACAAAUAAAAUCAAAAUAAAAGAAAGAAAGAAAAAAAAAAAACUCAUGUGAAAAUGAAAACCUGUUUUUAA